AUGUCUAUAAAACAUGAGAAAUGGAUGGCUCAACAUGGAUUCUUCUAUGAGAAUGAGGAAGUAAAGGAAGCUCGGUUUCAAAUAUUUAAAGAAAAUGUGCGGCUUAUUGAGAGGCAUAAUCAAGAAGGGAAUCACACGUACAAGCUUGGAAUAAACAAAUUUGCAGAUCUAACAAAUGAAGAGUUCUUUGCUAAGUAUGCAAAAAAUUCUAUCGCAUCGCUUAAGGUAGCAUCAUUGAAUCAAUCAUCUUUUGUAUACAAAAAUAUGAAAGAUAUACCAGCUAGUUUUGAUUGGAGGGAUCACAAUGCUGUUACAGCGGUUAAGGAUCAAGGAAGAUGUGGAAGUUGUUGGGCAUUCUCAGCCGUUGCUACUAUUGAAGGCAUAAUAGCCAUCCGAUCAGGCAACCUAAAUGAAUUAUCAGAGCAACAUAUUUUGGAUUGCAAUUACAAGCACGAAGGCUGCAAUAGUGGAACACAAAUUAAUGCAAUUGAUUUCGUUAUUAAAAAUGGAGGUCUAGCAUCUGAGACCGACUAUCCUUACACGGGAAUUCCAACAUCAUGUGCCAAUAACAAGCAAUCUUCUCUUUCCUCAAAGAUCACUGACAUUGGUUUUAUCCCUUUUAAUAAUGAGACAGCAUUGUUAGAGGCCGUAGCUAACCAACCUGUCUCGGUUGACGUUGACAUCACAACCUGGCAAUUUUAUCGAUCUGGGGUUUUGACAGGGAAGUGUGGAACUAAUUUAAAUCAUGCAGUUGCACUAGUUGGUUAUGGCGAAAGUAAAGAUGGAGUUAAGUUUUGGUUAGUCAAGAAUUCAUGGGGACUAGGAUGGGGAGAGGAUGGAUAUAUGAAACUACAUAGAAAUAUAGAUGCUAAGGAAGGCAUGUGUGGUAUAGCAAAGCUUGGUUGCUAUCCAAUUGCAUGA